AUGGAAACGGACAUUGUCGGCAGCUUGAACGAAGAUCAACAGCGCGCUCUUGUACAAGUCCAAGAGGUUACUGGUGCCGCCAACCCACAACGCGAGAUUGCAGAGUUAAGGAAGGCGAAUUGGGAUGUACAGACGGCUCUACAGGCGAUAUUUGACGAGAGUGCUACAGUACCUAUGCCUGGUGGCAGCCAUGGAAGUAAUUCACGGAUCGAGCAGAUGGAAUUGGAUGAUUCCCUUCAACGAGGGUCCACCAGACGUGCCCCUGCGUCCGCCUACGCCUCCACUCCUCAGCCAGGCCUUAACCUAUUCCGUGCGCUCGCCUAUCCAUUCUCUCUCACCUUGUCGCUCUUCACCUUUGUGCUGCGCAUUGUCGGCUUCCCACUUCGAGUUAUCGGUGUCCCCCUCCCACGCCUUCCCCAUAUCUCAUUGAUUGGCGCGUUAGCAUUCUUCAAUCGGGCACGACGGCCUGGUGGUGACAUAGACGACCCAAGGGCGGCUGCGUUACGUUGGGUCCGACAGCUGGAAGAAGAAACGGGCGCAGUCUCUAUUGGCAGAGUUAGGGAACUAGAAAAAGGGGCAGAGAUCGAAGGAGAAACCAAGGGCAAAGAAACUCUCAGCUCCGGAAUUCUUCCAAAUUUCUUUAUUGGGAGUUACGAAGAAGCUUUGAGGGCCGCGCAACGGGAAUUAAGGAUAUUGUGUGUGAUCAUCGUAAGUGAGGAACACGACGAUGUAGCACCAUUUAAACGCAAUGUUCUUGCAAACGAAGAAGUUGUCAAUGCUCUCACUGAACACAACUUUAUCGUUUGGGGUGGCGAUAUCCGGGACCAAGAAGCGUAUCAAGCAUCGCUCAAGCUGGCAGCCACAACCUAUCCAUUUGUAGCCUUUGUAUCCUUACUUCCUCCUCCCUCAACGCGUUCUUCGUCUACGUCUACUGCAAGCCAACUAUCGGUUGUUUCUCGGCUCAACCCACUUUCCCCAGCUGCCUUCGUGACUCACAUCUCUCACACUGUAAUCCCUCGAGCCCAACCGUUCCUUCAACGCCUGCGAGCCGCUGAGCAACAGCGCGUACACGAGCGACAACUUCGUGAAGAGCAAGAUCGAGCCUUUGAAGAAUCUAUGCGUCGUGAUGGAGAAAGAAUUCGCGCAGCACGAGAACGCGAGCGGGAGGCUGAGGAACGGGCGGCCCAAGAGGCCGAACGUGAACGAUUGAAACAAGAAGACGAGAAGAGACGUGAGCAUCAUCGCAGGGAUCGUGAAAUGUGGAGACGAUGGGCGAGAAAGAACUUAGUCCCCGACGAACCCGCUCAAGGUGUGCGUGUGACAGUUCGAAUUCCCUCUGGCCAAAGGCGUAUGCGUGUAUUCCCAGCCUCAGCGCCGGUAAAAGCUAUCUAUGCUUUUGUCGAAACGCUGAGUAUACCACCUGACCAGAGUCCUGCUGACGAUCCUGUGUCACCUCCCGAAGGAUACGAGCAUGAAUGGGGCUUUGAGCUUGCGACUACUUUCCCAAGAGUUCUUGUGCCAUGCGAAGAAGAGACGGCUGUGGGUGAUGUAGAGGUUCUGCGUGGUGGUGUAGUAUUGGUGGUUGAGAAAAGCACUGACGAGGAUGGAGAAAAUGAUGAGGAUGAGGAUGAGGAUGAUGACGAAUAA